AUGGAAGCCAUGAUGUCUCAGGCAAACUGUACCCAGAACCCAAGUUGUAGAAUCAUGACCUUCUACCCAACUGAAGAAGAGUUUAAUGAUUUUGAGAAAUAUAUUAUUUAUAUGGAAUCUCAAGGUGCACACAGAGCAGGUGUGGCCAAGAUAAUCCCCCCCAAGGGGUGGGAAGCCAGGAAGACCUAUGAUGACAUCAGUGACAUCCUAAUCCCCUCUCCCCUCCAGCAGGCAGUCUCAGGCAGGGCUGGUGUGUUCACUCAAUACUCCAAGAAGAAGAAGGCCAUGACGGUUGAGGAGUAUCGCCACCUAGCGAACAGUGCUAAAUAUCAGGCACCCCCACACUCAGAUGUUGACGAUUUGGAGCGAAAAUUCUGGAAAACCCGGCUCUACAGUUCACCGAUCUAUGGCGCUGAUGUCAACGGCUCCUUAUUUGAUGCAAACACCAAGCAGUGGAACCUCAGACACCUGGGAACCAUUCAGGAUCUGCUGGAGCAGGAGUGUGGGGUGGUCAUCGAAGGCGUCAACACACCCUACCUGUACUUUGGCAUGUGGAAGACCACGUUCGCGUGGCACACUGAGGACAUGGACUUGUACAGUAUCAACUAUGUGCACUUCGGGGAGCCCAAAACAUGGUAUGCAGUGCCCCCGGAGCAUGGCUGGCGCCUGGAACACCUGGCCAAGAAGCUCUUCCCGGCCAGUGCCCACAGCUGCGGGGCCUUCAUGCGGCACAAGGUGGCCCUCAUGUCUCCCACUGUCCUCAGGGACAACAGGAUCCCCUUCAGUCGCAUCACGCAGCAGGCUGGUGAGUUCAUAGUGACAUUUCCGUACGGGUACCAUGCUGGCUUCAACCAUGGCUUCAACUGCGCGGAGGCCAUCAACUUCGCCAUGCCGCGCUGGAUCGACUAUGGCAAAGCGGCCUCUCAGUGCAGCUGCGGGGAGGCCAGGGUCAGCUUUCCCAUUGAUGUCUUUGUGCGCACCCUGCAGCCCGACCGCUAUGAGCUCUGGAAGCGCGGGCAGGACCGGGCAGCUGUGAACCAUGUGGUGCCCACUGCAAUGGGCAGCCAGGAGCUGGGCGCCUGGAAGGAGGUGUGGGCGACCAGGAGAACUGCUCUGGGCCUCCGGGACCUGCCGCCCCGCCGCUCACUGAGCCCUGCCAGGCAGGUGGCCGCGGGGCGAGGGGGCCACCGCCGUGCCCCUAGGCUCCCCACGUCUCAGCGCAGCGUGCGGGCCUCUGCUCCUACCUCUGUGGCUCAGGGCGGGGACGCCUCUUCUCAGUCCCCAGAACGCAGCUCAGCCCUGCUGACAACCCAGGGCCCAUCCGACCUGGGUCUCCACCCAACUGGCAGGCGUGGUCCUGGCCGUCGUCCUCGGGAGCAGGGGACUCAGGAGCUGACUGACCAGGCCCCGGCCAAGAGGCGCCUCUUGCUCAGCACAGCAUGCGUAGCUCAGGAUCCCGAUGCUCAGGCCCUGUCUUUGGACAGACCCUCACUGGACAACACUGCACCACUGAGCCCUGCGUCCCCGCAUUCUGCUAAGGCUUCCGGGUGCUGCAGUGUCCCUGCACCCUAAGCCCAGGGGACGUUUUGGUAGCCCACUUCUCUUACGUGUGGAGGCUCCCUAAGACUGAGCACAUGUACACCUCAGAGCCUUUGCAACGUGCGGUGCUGCCAUGGGACCUGCUGAGUCCACAUUAUUUACAACAAACAGCUUAUUCUUCCUCCCAGACACCAUUACCUCUUUUGACACUGCUGAUUUCUCUGUUACCUAUGAGGUUUCAUCCACUGGAUGCUUGUCUCUGCAAAUGAGGCCCCACAGACAUUGCCAAAGCCUGACUGCACCUAAACCCCCAUUCUCUCAGCCAGCUCUGGGUGCUGCUGUGAUUUGGAUGAAUCCUGGACUUUGGUUCCCCUCUGAUCUCUUCCCUUCCCUCUUUCCCUCUCCUCCCCACUUUCUUAGAAGACCAGGCCCUUUUGACCAGUUAGGUCUGUAGAGGCUCAGAAAAUAAUUAUGUUUCUGAGUCAUUGGUGCCUUUAAAAUGU